GAAAUCCCUCCCUUCCACUCCUUCUCUUUUUCCUUCCUGAUCUUCUCUUUGUUCUCUACCUGAAACCCUUAGAAAUCCAUUUUCUUGCUUUCUUCAAUCGUACCAUGUCCGACCAGCCUGGCCCAUCGCGGUCACUCCCCACACGAGACCACAGUCACAACAGCCCCCGCGUUCUCUCCCCAGAUUCCACUAACCUUCGCCAUCGCGGGCCAGCCCGAUCUGCGACAUUUGCAGAGGGCACGACCUCGAACCUGCAGACUCAGCGGCGCAAUUCCACCUUUUCCGACUCGGUUUCAGAGGCUCGACAUUCAAUUCGAUCCUCCACGGACGAUAUACUUUUUCCACGUGUAGCCAAGGGUGGUGACGUGGACCUGACAAAUGAAGAAUCACAUUGGCACUCAGCUCCCUUGGGUCUGGCUUUACUGCCUGCUAUUGCCGGGAUUUUUUUCCAGAACGGCAGUGCCGUCGUCACCGACAUCACCCUUCUUGUUCUCGCCGCCAUCUUUCUGAAUUGGUCGGUCCGAUUACCGUGGGAUUGGUACCGUUCCGCACAGGCUGUGCGGCAAUCGGGAAAACAAUUCGAAACCACUGAGUUUCCAUUAAGCCCAGAGCCAAAUGAUAAGCCUACAGGCGCCGACCUAGAUGAUAAUGCUCAGUCGCCGCGUGUUCAUGAACAGCCCCACUCUAGCAAUGCUGCCGCAGCCACCAGAGAGCUACAGAUUCACGAGCUUGCCGCUCUGGCCUCGUGUUUCAUCUUCCCGUUGAUCGGAACAUGGCUCUUGCACACUAUCCGGUCGAAGCUCUCGCGCCCGUCGGAAGGUUUAGUCUCCAAUUAUAAUUUGACCAUCUUCCUCCUGGCCUCCGAGAUACGGCCUUUCUCGCAUCUCUUGAAGAUGGUCCAAGCACGCACGCUCCAUCUCCAACGUAUCGUCGCAUUGUCCACCGAAGACGAGAUCGACAAAGUCGACGCUCACAGAGUGCUCGACCUGACGAAACGUCUAGAAGAGCUCGAAGCCCAUAUUGCUGAGGCGGCCGCCGCACGACUUGCGCCAGGCUCUUCGAAUCAAGCUGGACAACCUUCGCAGAACGAUGCCAUCCAGACUCUUGUAUCCCAGGCUACCGCCGAUAUGCGCAAGAGCAUUCAAUGGGACAUUGACGCCUUGAACCGCGCCGUCCGACGCUACGAGAAACGCACUACCCUCUCCACGUAUCAGACGGAAACGCGAUUUCAGGCUCUGGAGGCUCGCGUACACGACACGUUCUCACUGGCAGCUGCCGCGCAUCGUACCAAGCCCCAGGGCCUGAUCAACAUGAUUAUGGGAUGGACUUAUACGGUCAUCACCCUUCCUGGACAGAUUUUCAGGAGGGCCAUCAAUCUUCCGAUGCAGGUGAUCCGAGGCUGCUUGCGGUACGGCGGGGAGAAAGUGCUGACCAGACCGGCCGCCUCCGCUCCACCAAAUAAGGGCAAGUCACCCAAAGACCGCAAGUCGCAGCCUUCAAAGGGGACGAGACGUGCUGCGCCGCCGAGUCACCCGGUCGAUACACGGACGCUUGAUCCAAUCAAAGAGUUCAAGUGAGACCUGUAGUGCACGGGUGGAGUAGAAUCGACCGCGACAUGCUUGUGUCCGAAUGCUGAAGGAAACCAAAACAUCUUGGGUAGGAAUCUAUGUCAACCGAUAGGAAUACUGCAUGGCCUGAGUGUUAUGUGAUUCUUGGAUUGCAUUGGAAAGAUCUGAAUCAGCCCACGCGAAAGGCAAUAUCAAAAGACACCUCAUGAUGUUAAUCCAAGCCAUCCUUGUUGAGCUGAAUGCGUUGAUUUGGUACCUGAACAUUUGUAAAAUAGCAUCUCAAAGUUGAAUGUUAUAUCACAGCUUAAAAUCGUC